UCGUUUCUUAAUCACAAAAGUCUAACAAAUAAACAAAUUUUGUUUCUCAAAAUGGCCACAAUGCUAAUAAACCACAUGUGUUUCCUAACGUCGUUGUUAUUGAUCGCGUUUCCAGUAGCAAACGCUAUUCCAGCCAGAGACAUUGACAAGCUAUGCAAAGAGACUACUGAUGUGCCCUUCUGCCUCCAAUACAUUGGGUCGGAUCCACGAAUACCAGCCGCACGUGACCUCAGUGACGUUCUUUUAAUCGCGAUAACGCAGUCAAAAAUGCAAGUGGAUGAUGCAACCACUCAUAUUGACAGAGUCCGUCGAAAGUUCAGUGGUCCGAAUGGGAAGAGACGGAUCGAGGUUUGCAAGACGAAUUACGGAAUAGCUUCGGCUAGGUUUCACACUGCUUGGGAACUUGGACUUCAAAAAUCGUUUUGGGACGUGGAAAAACUGGCAAGGAUUGGCACCAACGCUGUGAUCGACUGCGAAAACGUAUGGAGAAGGGAUGGUCCGAUACAAACGUCUCCUCUCACUUUCUAUAACAUGAAUGUUUUCAAGCUAUCUGGAAUCAUUCUUCUUAUUUUCGACAAGCUUGUGUGAUCUGAUUGUACCGGAAUAUCAUGGUCACGACCCAAGUUACGUGUAGUAAAAGUUGGGAGAUAAU